AUGGCGGACUUUUCAGCCUGGGUAGAGCAGAACAAAGGGCUCUGGACGCGAGUAUACGAUGAGGUCAUCCAACCUGAUCUAGAGAAAGAGUGGAAGAAGAGGGAAGAGAGGCAUAGGAAAGAGUUAGAGCAGAAGAAACAGGACCAACAGUUACUAUUCGAGCAUCUGAACGACGAGAUCUUGAAAACUGUGCGUCUUGCCAAGGAGAACGCUCAACUAAAGGAACAACUCGAAACUGCUGGGCAGACAGACCCGGACGAUUCUAGGAUUCCUGCUUGGGAUGAAGAGUAUCGCCACCUCGCCGCCAAGAACGAGCAGUUGAAGCAGCGACUCGCGACACUCCAAGAGGCAACUGCACCAUCGCUAGAUGAUAAAGAUGUCAACAAGGACAGGCCGAAAUCUUCCGAAGAGGACCACCGCGAACUUGCCGAAAAAAUCAGCGAGUUGAAUAAAAAAUACCGGGAUGUAUGUCAGAAAGUGAAGUAUCUUGAGAGGAAGAACGCAACGGUCAUGCAAAAAAAUAAAGAAAUGAAAGAAAGCGUGCGCGCAUGGCAAGAGUACGCAGAUCGACAAUUCAGCAAGCAAAAGUCAAAGAACGCGGCCAGAGGUGAGGAUGGCAAGUCACAUAUAGCAGCUACUCGCCUUUUUCCUGAGGAGCGGCCUCACAUGCCCUCCAGUCCAGGCUCCGCAAAUACUGUUCGAACACCUGGAGCGCUCGCCAACCUGGAGCGCUCCUCUCCUGCUCCAAUGGUUCCGCUUGUGGCGACAACGGAUUGGUUGGCAUCUCCGACGACAUUCGGUGGCGAGGCAGCCAGUAGUCUGACCGCAACUAUCACUCCAAAGGCUAGCACCCGAUUGGGAGAUGUUCAGCUACAACAACUUCAAGAUGAUAACGGCACUGGUUUAGGUGUAUCCUCGCACAUUCAACGCAUAAUAUCAGACCACGAAGGCCACCGUUCCGCAAUUCCUAGCUCAAGUCAAACAACAGUGGAUGAGCAUAUCGAGCCAAAAAGCAUAUUCGAGCAAGCUAUAGUCGCUGAAGACGACGAUGACCCAGAAUUUGUUUCUGAGCGGUCACUAAAACGGAAACGAGAUCAGCCAUCAAAGUCAAGAUUUGAGAUAUACGCGGACCAUUCCUCAGAUGGCACGCCGAUAAAGCCCCAUCGAGUUAAAGAAGAGCCGCGCAGUAGUCCUCCAGUUUCUACCUUUAAGAUGACACGGACUGAGACGAUGGAUCUUGACGAUCCUGCGCCCAAUGGGCUCAAAACACCUCGCCAUCCUCGGACACGACUGUCGUAUGAUGCAAAUCCGGCAGAAGCACCUCGUCAGGAGAAGUCUAACAGUGCACCACUUACACAGGCUAUCAAGAAUGAGAACCUAAAUGAUGCUGAUCUGCUUGAUCUCUACGCCGGGAUACGCGAGCCACAGGCCAUGGCAAGCAUCGAGGCACGAGCUUUGAGUGAGCCGGCUGAACCCACUCAAGCAGGAGACGCCGUAUUGAGGACUCUUGACCCGAAUGUAGUGAGCAGUGUUUCGGAGGAGCCUCCAAACAAACGCUCACGGCAAGCCCAAGCGUACCAUCAAGACAAAUACGGCUUUCUCGCAGAGUCGGGCGAAGCACCACCUCCUGUCAACGACAAUGAGCUGAGACUGCCGCCCCGUGCAGCUCGAGCACAAAUGAAACAAAGACUACAAGCACUGAAGAACCUUCAAUCACCUGGAAGCACCUCGCCAAAGACUCCCAAGUCAGGGUUGGUGAAGAUCAAAACAGAACAAAUGCCAACUCCUCCCGCAAGUACGUCGCGGGAUACCCAUACACCUUCCAGCAGCAAGGGAUCGCGCAGCUCAAAGUCGAAAACUCGCGCGAGCCCUCGCGAAGAUCCGACGCCUGAAGGCCCAGUAUGGACCAUGAGGGCUCCCGAGACACGUUCUACUGCGCGAAGAAGUCGUAUGUCACCAUCAAGACAAGAGGGUCGUCUUCGAGAUAAGCCAGUAGAGGAGCUUAGCGUCAAGGACUUCAAGCCAAACCCUGAAUACAACCAAGGCUACAGCUACGCGUUUUCGGAGACUGUGCGUAAACGAGGCGAUCGCAUGUGUCUUCCAGGCUGCACUAAUCCACAAUGUUGUGGGUCCACUUUCCGGACCUUUGCAGAAGUUCAAGCACCUCUCAGCUCAUCGCAAGAAGAGGCCCUACUCGAGGACUAUCUAGGCGAUGCAUACAGCAACAUGCAGCUUACGCAGAUGUCAUCCGAAGAGCGACAAGAGCUCGUUUUGCAAGCCCGCACGAAGAAGAUGGCAAAGGAGUCAGGGAAGCAUCGUGAGGCUUACGAGCGACGAAGAACGCCGCCUGGGUUCUGGAGAGUUGACUUUCCGACGACGCAGGAACAGCAAGAAGAUAGGCAACGGGUGAGGGAACAGGAGAAAUCAAUAGUACAAGAGCGUUGGUUGGAGGCGCAUAGGAGGGGUGGAAAGUGGAUCUUCAGAGACGAGUAG